UCAUCCGGGUACUUUUUGUAUUUGGACUUUUCAGCCUGAACACACUACUCGCACUAUUUAUACUACAGAUCGGCAUAGAAUAGUGCACAAGUACGCGAAUUGGGACGUACCCACAGUGUUUUCUUGGGGUUUAUGAUUAGCUCGUUUGCUGGAAAUUCGUUUGGAUAAACUGAAGAUUGGUAUGUCUGUAAAACGGAAUCUUCCAGGCUGGAUGAUGGUCGCAUCUGACCAUAAAAGUGGCAAAGAAGAGCGGAUUAGAGAGUCGCUAACGAGGAAACAGGAAGUAAACACGAAGAAAUGUGUACGGAAAAAGUGCACCAAAAGGAUGAUGUACUGGAUGAAUGAAAGGGAGCUCGUUGAAACAGCACUCAGUGUUCUAAGUAGAGAUAAAGGAGAGACAGCUGGAGAAGACAGAUGGGCUCCGCUGACCACUGACAUGACCGUGAUUCCAGAGACUGAUCAUGAAGAGACGACAGACUCAGAAGUUUCUCAGCCAGCCGUGGAUAUUGCUGAGCAAGAGACAGUACCAUACAACGAGUGUUUAGAGGCAAGACGGUGCAGUAGUGUAUCUGAGAGCUCUGAUGAGCAGGGAUUAGCAUCGUCAGUGGUUUUGGAGAAGGAAGAUGAGUCUGAGGAGCAGAUUCACAACUCUCGGCGUGAUUCUGAUCAUAAAGCUCUGCAGGUGCUGCGAGAGAUCUUUUUCAGCUGAUGUUGAAAACCGAGUGCUUUGGAUUUUGUGUUCACGGCAAGAAAACUGAUGAACUGGUAACUCGGGGACAACACCAGAUAAUUCUGUAUUAUUGUCCUCUGUGUAAAGCCUUCACUUCGAGUGUUCUGUGUUGCCACAAAAUUUAGUCCAAGUCAGCACCAGCUAAACUCCCCCCCUCCUUUCAGAGGGAAAAAACAGAAGAGAUAUAGAUAUGAAUAAUGGGUGGCAAAUUAAGUGUCCUUUUAAAGUAUUGGGCCACCACCAGAACAGAUUCAAACCAUCUUGGCACAGAUUCGGCAAGUCUCUGGAAUGGUACUGGAGUCAUGAACAUUGUUCUUCCCUUAACUGCUGUUAGGGUGGUGGUGGUGGUGGUGGUGGUGUAGAGCGCUGUCUAACAUCUCACUCUACAAUCUCCCAUAAAUAAGUAUUCAAUUAUGACGAGAUCUGGCGACUGUAAAAGCCAUAGCAUAUGACGUAAAUCAUUUUCAUCCUCAUUAAACCAUGCAGUGAGCCUUUGUGCCCUGUGGAUGGGGCAGAGCCAUCCUGUUAGAGACCAGGACAUAAAUGAACUUUGUAUUGAUUUGCAGUGUGUCUUGUCUUGAAGGGCACAAGUGGAAUUAAACCAUACCAGAGUAAAAUAUCCUCCAGAUCCUCUGGACUUCCUCAGUGUAGGGGUAAAAAAACCAAAAAUAAAAACACGACAGUACUCUUCUCUUGGUUCACACUACACAUACAUUCACACACCAACUAUUUGAGAGUAUGUUGAUGAACGUAUAUCACUACUUAUAUGCACUUAUAUGCAGUAGCAGUGUUUUUUUUUGUUUUUUUUUUUUUUUUUACACCAGUGAACCCUAAAAUAUGCAUUCAGCUGUAUAAUGAGUGAUUUAUACACUACAACCCUACUGUACGCAUCUUGUUUUUCUUUGUCACUCAUCUGUGUGAGUAUAUACACCAACUCAUUUUCAUAAGUCCUUUCCAUGUACUGGACACAUCCCAUUUCCUUGUAAACUUUGCACAUUCUGUAGUUUUAUUACUAAAGUGCAACUUGUAUGGUCUGAAUUAAUUUCAAAGAAAAGUGAUAACAGAUCUGAACAGCUGCCGUACUAAGUGUAACCCUUAUGAAUGAAUAAACGUCAUAUGUUGCAUGUUAUGCAUGAUUUUACAUGUCGGCUGUCACAUCAUAUUACCAAAGCUGAAGAACUCCCAGUAUGUUCAUGAUACUUGGCAAUAAAGUGUCUUAUACUUUA